AUGGUGCCGCAGCGAGGCCCGCACUUGUCACUGGCAGCAGCACUGGCUGCAAAAGCGGCAUUUGCGGCCGUCGCGUCGCGCGCGUCCACGUCAGCAAUUUCUGCCACCGCAGAGCACUGCAACCUGCGUUGCCGAGCCGGAACGGGAGGCUCGGAAGUUGCCGAGGCAGUGCCGGACGAGCCGGCUAGGUCCGGCAAGUAUGAGGCUUGGAACGCGACGACGGAGCGGCUGACGGCCCUGUCGACUGUAGCGGGACUGUUUAUGAUGGUGCCGCAGAUCCUCAAGAACGCCGCGCUGCUGCGCGCCAACCAGGGCGCAGCGCUGGGCAUCCUGUCCUGGCUGGGCUUCGCCACGGGCUUCCUGGGCAACAUGCUGCUGCUCUCCUACUUCACCGCUAAGCGCGAGCUGUCAGCAUGCCUCGUGCAGGUGGUAGGAGCUGCCUCCACGGCCAUCCUCCUCUCGCAGGUCUACCUCGCGGGGUUCAUGCCGCCACCAGCCUUCACAGCAGUGGCGGCCUAUCUGCUGCUCGGCUGUGCCGUCAACUGCCUGCGCUUCACCCGCCGCCUGCCCCAGCCGCUGUGGGACACGUGGCAGGACGUGAUUGGCGUCCUGGGACUCGCUGUGCUGCCGCAGGUCAUCUGGUCUACCUUCUCUUCUGUGCAGACGAAGCUUCCAGGAACCAUCUCGGCGGUGGGCGGGCUACUGUUCAUCGCGGGCAUGCGGAGGGGGCUGGUGGGGCAGCGGUGGCGGGACAGGUGGCAGCUGCUGAGUGGCUGGACCGCCACGCUGCUCUUCAUGGUCAUGCCCGUCGCCCAGCUGCAGGUGUGUUUCACGCGGCCCGACCAGCUGGCGGGCAUGUCAGCGCUCUCCUCGCUGCUGGGCAUGGUGGGCAACGGUCUCAUGGUGCCGCGGGCGCUCUUCACACGUGACUUCAUCUGGUUUCUGGGUUGUUCCUGGGGCUGCAUUCUCAUGGGCUGGGGUGUUCUCCUCGCCAUGGCUCUCCAUGGCUUCUACCCGCCUCGCCUCUUCAUGGCUGUCUCACUUGCGCUUGUAGGCUAUCUUGCUGUUGUGUUCAAGUUUGAUGCCGAUGCACAUGGCUGCACUCCUUUGCUUGGUUCUAUCUCUGGCACACCAACAACGUUCCUGGAUCUAGCUACUGCCGCCACUAGCACAUUACCACAGCUUUGCGACUCCGAGUCGUCUCAUUCGCUCCUAGCUGAAGUAGAAGUCAUGGCGCUGGCGCUGCUUUCUUCUAACCCGUUUGCGGAUUCAAUUUCUUCGUUAAGCGACUUCGACGAUAUGACCUCCAUGCUAGAAGGCUUUCCAAGGGAUCUCCUCAGCGACUCGCCGUCUCUCCUCAGUCACACGCUCCACAGUAAUCCGCUUAGCAAUCUCAUUUCCAUCGGUGGUAACCCGGUAACCCAAGCUCUUCGUGAGCUCGCCGACGAUUCACUCGGCGUUCCCAAGGUUGUCGUUGAAGAGUCUCCAGACGCGUUUAAAUUCGUCGCGACCGUUCCAGGCCUCGAGAAGGAGGAUAUGCAAGUGCAGGUGCGGGGGAAGGAUGUUCUGACAAUCACCGGCAAGCGGACCAGAGAGGAGAGAGACGCUGACGACAGCAGCCGCGUUGUGAAGGAGUUCAGCAGCUUCGCGCGAAGCUUCCGACUGCCACGUGGCGUGUCUACAAAGAAGGUUACAGCAGUGGCGCGGAAUGGAGUGCUCACCGUGACGGUUCCCAAAAGAGCAUCUUUCAAUCGGAAGUCUGGCGUUGCGGAUAGGAACGCGAAGGCAGUAGCGAAGGAUAACAUUUCUAAGCAAGUCGGGUUGAACGGCGAGCAACGAGCGAGCAAGAAAAGGAGAGUUGUUCGUUUCGCCCCUGAUUGCUGA